AUGGCCAAAUUUAUCGGGGACUGUAUUGAGAGAAAUGAGUAUCCAGACCAUUAUUGGAGAGCGCUGCGUCGUAGUCGUACAGUUAUUACCACAGAAACUCUGAAAAGAUAUGCCGAAAAUCAACUGGAGAGUACCCUCGUAAAAUUAGAGGAACUUGAGCGUCAUGUCUGUCAACGCACAGCCGUCCUAGAUACCCUGGCAGAUGAGGAAAGACAAGAAUUCGACAUGUACACUCAGUCCAUUGAAAAGAAACGUGGAGAGGCAAAACGCUCUGCGCUUCUUAGGAGUUUACAUGAGAUGAAAGCCCAGUCACGGUUUCCGAAAGACCCAGCUCGGUACGUACACAACUACUCUUAUAUGACACUUGAUAAAACAUCACUUGAAGCAUUAUCCCUUGGUCCGAAAUUUUGCAUACCUCGUCGAAAAUUAAAUCAGUUAGAAUUGGAAACGCAGUUCGAGAACCUCUGGAACCAAACAUUCGAUCUAUUGCCCGUUUCGACAGACAGUAUCCAACACUUCAAAUCCACACUAGUGAAUUGCAGCUACCAAUACCUAAACAAAGGACCAAAAUGUCGAGGAUUACUGACAAAAGCACACGUGGAAAAAUUAAAAGAACUUCGAGGGAACAAAGAGAUCUUGGUAACUAGACCUGACAAGGGAACAGGCGUCGUCAUAAUGAACAGAUCGGACUACGUAGCGAAGAUAGAGUCCAUACUAUCUGACCAGAAGAAAUUCAGAAAGACAGAUAAAGAGAAGGAUUGCACGGAUGACGCAGAGGCGAAAUUGACUGACUGUUUAAGAAGGCUCCACACAGGAGGUCACAUAAGUGACCAUGACUUCGAACACCUCCGGCCAGUCGGGACACAUAUUCCCCGAUUAUAUGGUUUACCUAAGAUUCAUAAGGAAGGCCUACCGGUUCGCCCGAUUUUAGAUAUGCGGAACUCUCCGUAUCAUGCGAUAGCUAAGUGGUUAGCAGAGAAGCUCAAGCCCAUACAACAUCAGCUUGCACCACGCAGCUAUCGAGAUACCUUUCAAUUCAUUGACGACAUUAAAGACCUCAACCUUGACGGCAUGAUGAUGUUCUCACUAGACGUCGCAUCACUUUUUACAAACGUCCCAGUCACCGAGACAGUUGACUACAUCUGUGAUUUUCUAUCUGCCAGUCAUCAAGAAAUAGGACUGCCGACAAAAACACUCAAGGAACUAUUACUUAGAUGCACAUUAAAUGUGCAGUUCCUUUUUGACAACCAUCUCUAUAGACAAAUAGACGGCGUUGCCAUGGGCUCGCCUCUUGGACCUCUCUUAGCCGACGUCUUCAUGGGCAAGCUGGAGAGAUUUCAACUAAGCGAUCAGAUCAAGAAGCUUAAACAUUAUGGUCGCUACGUUGAUGACAUCUUUGCGAUUGCAACCACGGAAACCGAUGUCGCUGCCCUCCUAAAUGCUGCAAAUCAGGCACAUCCGUCGAUCAAAUUCACGUUGGAGAUGGAGUCGGCUGGUUCGCUUCCUUUCCUAGAUGUCCUUCUAAACAGGAGAUCUGACGGUAGCAUCCGAAGGAGUGUCUAUCGAAAGAAAACCUGGUCUGGACAAUACACGAACUUCGCUAGUUUCGUACCUCUCCAACAAAAACGGAAUCUAG